UGGACUAACCAUAGUUGUGGUGUAUAUCGUUUACAUCAAACUGGGAAUGAACAAGGCCUGGAGAGACAGGACUGGAGCUGAAGAAGAAUACAAAGAGAGGUCAGAUAAAAACCAAACUGUCGCCCAAGUGAAUUUGAACAAGGAGAACCAGGCCCUAAAUAUGACUAAAAUGGAUUUGGAAACCAAGCUAAUGCUUACCAAUAGCAACCAGAAGGGCAACCAACGUCAACGCUGGAACUGGGAGAGGGCAAUAUAUGGCACAAGGAUUGGUAAAGACGACAGACAUUUCACAUGUCCCCACUGUAAGGCCGCAGUCAGGGGAGGUGGUGGACACAUAGGGGCAACCCUGGAAAUGUUCAUGCUGGAAGGAGCCCAGCCCAAAAAGAGUCUGGCCGUGACAGAAGAUAGAGAUCUACGAGAUCAAAGGUCAUGGAUCAGGUCACCGGAGGUUCAGAGUAGCCGCACACUCAGUCGCCAGGAGGAGUUAUUCUAUCACCAGCGCGGUUACGAUAUUAAAACUCAUGUCAGUAAUAAUGGCAACAAACAGCCAUUAGGAGGCAGAAAUAACUAUUUACCUGAACAGAGAAACAAGCCUUCACAUACCAAUCUAAAAGAUGAUAUGGUAGACAAUCAACCCUCAAAUAAGGACGUCCAAACAGAGCAUGCAGGAGCAUUGCCUAAUUAUCAAACCCAAACUGUCAGUUGUGUUAACUGUCAGAGAACCUAUGAGUAUGGACAGCCAGGGUAUGAAUUAAGGGAUGAAUCAUAUAGAGUUCAUGCAAAAAGGACUGCUGUGUAUGAAGGAUUCCCCAAACAGAACCCACUGACAGGGCUAAAGACUGAAAGAAACUCAAAUGAAAACCAGAAUAACAUGGACAUGUAUGGCAUACAUAGUGCCAGAGAGCAGAGGAGUGUGAUCUUUGACAUGGAAAGGUCUGAAGUAAAUGUCAUUGAUGUACAAAAUAUUAAACAUGAAAGGAAAGGCACAUGUGACAGAAUAAAAGGUUCCAGAAAGAUGGAAUAUUGUGCCAAGCACAUGCUGAACUUAGACAUCACUGGAAGAUCUGUGAGGAGUAAAGACCACUCCAAAAGGCAUAAAAAACAUUUACAGUUUAAUAGUUUACUGAAAGUCAAACUGAACCUUCACCCUUUUAAGAAAAGCAAGAUUCACCUCCAAAAAAACAGUCCAGAUGAAGUAGAACAGUGCGACGAUAGAGAACAAACCAUUUUCAAGACCCCAAAACAACCAAAGAACACAAGUAAACAUGUUAAAAGCAAAAGUAACAGUCAGCAUGAAUCUACAGAAGGAAUGGAAACAUCCAAGAAUGUAUGCUCUACUCAUAAACACAAAGCCAAGCAGACAUCUCAUAGCUUUGAGAAAUCCCUUCAGUCAUCCAAAAACAAAUUGACCAGCAAGCCCAUAGACACCAACGGCGUUGUUGAAGGUAAUUUAGAAGAAGAAAAUUCUGUGCAACCAAAAAACAAGGAAUCAUACAAACAGAAAAAAACUACUUCAAAAUCAAAACACCAGGAAAGAUUGGGUGGUGACCAUCCCAAGAAGAGUAGACCUGCUGAAGAUGAGAAGACUGACCUCUCACAAAAAAUAACUGGAGGAGAAACCAAAGAAUCUAGUGGAGCAUCUCCAUCAAGUAAUUUGAGUGCAUACCAGUCAAAAUCCAAAGAAUCUGUAGGGAGUUCAGUUCAGCAGGUGGAACAGUACACAAAUCAACAGGGCCAAACACCGAUCACUGAGGAAGAACACCCCUGUAACCUAGGUGAUGGUGUAACUCUACAGAGGACACUGAGUUAUCCACAACAGUCAACUGCACUACCCCUCGCAGAAAUGGAAAGUACUUCCAAUUUCAGUAACUUUCCUGGUCAAGAAGUAAAAUCUACAGUAUCACAAAAUACUUCUGCUCCUUAUACCGCUUAUGGUGGCAACUCACAGAUUCAAUGCCUAAGCAAACAUGGUAGUUUAGUCCAGCUACCUUUACUAACUAACAUCCCACACAGAUUCCCAACAUAUACAGGCAAUGCAAAAAGCUUGUCUGUAAAUCAACACACACAGCCAUUGUCACAGACAGUUUCAGGCAACAUUAACCAAGGGGCCAUGAUUAGCUCUGACCUAGACCAGUUUCCCGCACCCCAGUUGGUUGGAGCAUUCACUCAGCUUGCCCAGGGUCCUGGAUCAUUUAAUGGGCAGAAUAUCUCUCAUCUUUUCCAGGGUCCUGGAUCCCUAAAUGGAGAUAAUUUGUCCAACAAGAACAGUAUGAACCCCAUUCUGCAUGAGAUCCUGGCCUCAGCAGAAGGCUCACCUAGGAAGAUCAGACUGGUGAUACCUGAGAAUACCACUAACAGGCCAACAUCUGCCCUGGAGAAGAAAAUCAGAUAAUAACUGGAUGUGAAUUGUACAAUUACAUUUAGUUGUGAG